AUGUUCGUCGAUUCAACGAGGAAGAUGAUCUUCGACGUGGACACGGACGACGGCGUCAGACAGAUCCGCGUCUACGAGGGCGACGACUGCUACACCCUCGCCAAGCAGUUCUGCGACAAAGCGGGGCUGGAUGACGAGCUCGCAGGGCUCCUGGCCGCCAACAUGGAGCAGCGCAUGUACCAGGAGUUUGAGUGCGAUGAUGACGAGGAUGACAUUCCAAACUUUGAGAACGACUUCGGCCGCAACCAGGUCCAGAAGGCCAACUGGCAGGUCAUGAACAUCUCCACUCCGGCGAACUACUUCCAUGCACUCCGGAGGCAGCAACACCGCGACUUCCGCAAGCCCCUGGUCAUUGCCUCGCCGAAGAACCUCUUCCGACUGCGCCAGUGCGUCAGCCCGCUGAACGACAUGGGUCCUGGCGUGCGCUUCAAGCGUUUGAUCCCGGAGCGAGAUCCGGAGAUCGCCGCGAACCCGGACAAGGUAGACCGCCUCGUCUUCUGCACCGGAAAGCUUUACUACGAGCUGGCGGCCGAGCGUGAGCAGCUUGGGCUCAAAAACGUGGCCAUCGUGACGAUCGAGCAGAUUGCCCCUUUUCCCUUCGAUCGCGUCAAGACGAUGAUGGAGACCUUCCCCAACGUCGACCUGGGUGACGGCGUCCAUCCGGGCAACGUCAUUUGGUGCCAGGAGGAGCCCAAGAACAUGGGCGCUUGGUCGUAUGUGCGACCUCGUUUCGUGACGACGGCGCGUGAGGGCCUGGACAAGGACAUGGUCAUGCGUUACGUCGGCCGGCGUGCGGCCGCGUCGCCUGCCACUGGCUACCCGAAGCUGCACAAUGCUGAGCAGGAAGCGCUGGUGAAGGAAGCCCUGGUGGGUCAUGACGAUGAGGGCUGGACCGUCCAGCGCCCGCACUCGCUGUUGGGCCACCAGACGUGA